AUGAGCCCUAGUUCUUGUGGAUCCAUUAUUGAUGUCGAACUAUCCUCGCGUGGAUUUUGUUUGAUUUGGAGGCAAAAUUGGUUGAAAGUUGAAGAUCAAAAUUGUCACAAGGUGUUUAGAGGAGUAGGGUGGAACCGUGGAAGUGGAGGUGAUGACAACGACGAUGAUGCCGUGGUCAGCUGCACUUGCUUCAUCGCUAGGUAUCCCUGCUGCUCAUUUUUCAUCUGCAGGAGCAAUUAUAUAUACUUUUUACCAUCAGAAUUCACAUAUGGGCAUGCUGCUUUCCCUUAUCGGGCAAUAUAUCUAACAGACUAUGAAAGAAUCAAUCAGAACUUCCGAUCAAUAAUUAAAGAUGGAGGUGAAGAUUUUGCCUUUGGGAACUGCAAACAAUCUUGUGACAUUGUUUUGAUGAAUAGCUGCAGGGCGAUUGAGGGUAAGUGUAUUGAUUAUCUUUCUUCCUUGUGCCAAAAAAAAGUGGUAACUGUUGGACCACUGGCUACACAACCUGAUAGUGAAGAAGAAUAUUCAGAGAUCAUGCAGUGGCUAAGCCAGAAAAAUCAGUUUUCAACCGUGUUUAUUUCCUUCGGUAGUGAAAACUACUUGUCCAAGGAGCAGAUAGAAGAGAUGGCAAGGGGAUUAGAACUUUGUGAUGUUAACUUCAUAUGGGUUGUUAGAUUUCCUGUUGGGAAUACCACAAGAAUAGAAGAAACACUACCAGAGGGAUUUCUUGAUAGGGUGAAAGAGAGAGGUAUAAUUGUGUAG